UUCUGUCUGCACGACUACUUAGGUAGGAGCCGGCCGGCGGCACCAAGCCACCAACUGCGUCUACCAUCCACAUCCAACUCUCAACACGUCCGCCCCCGGCCCGCAAGCCAUCUACCCGGCGCCACCAUGAAGCUAGUCUCCUCCGUGUUGUUCGCCCUGCUCAUCUUGCCGAUGUGCAGAUCUUCCCCGCUUCAAGACACAUGCAGGUCCUUCGCCGCCGGCCACCCGUCCAUCGGCUACGACUACUGCAUUAGGAUCUUCCAGGCCGACAAGGCCAGCGCCGAGGCCACCGACGCGCGCGGCCUCGCCGCCAUCGCGGCCAGGCUCGCCGAGGCGAAGGCCAACGCGACGGCCGCGCGCGUCGCGUCCAUGAGCGCGCUCGAGGGGGACGCGAGGAGGCGGGACCGCCUGUCCGUGUGCGCGGAGGUAUACUCGGACGCCGUGGACCAGCUCGACCAGGCAGAGGAGGAGCUCGCCCACGGCGCGGAGGGCGGCAUCGACGACGCGGUCACGCAGCUCAGCGCGGCGCUGGACGCGCCCGAGACGUGCGAGGACGCGUUCCGCGAGGCCGACGACACGUCGCCGCUCGCCGCGGAGGACGCCGAGUUCAAGAAGCUGGCGACCGUCGCUCUCGCCGUCGCGGCGUCACUGACGCCGCCACCAGCAUGAACGCCAAGGCCAAAGAUUAGUGAUUAAGGGCGCCUGUAAUUUACACCGUGCUUGAUAAUACAAGCAUGGACGUAAUGCAGGUAUAAUAAUAAGCUUUCCUACGGGACAAGAGAGUAUUUACUGGCAGCAGAAGAUGUUGUUUGAGUUCUUAUUUUUUGUUUCCCUUGUUCGUUA